UAGUCUGUGCUAUCGUUGACAUCGGAACUCCGCGCGCCCGCAGAAUCGCAGACUCGCAACCUCCCGCUAAGAACACGACGAUGGAUGAUCAGAAAUUCUAUGUCGAAGUCGAUGGAACGAAGAUUCCCGCCGGAUUCAGCCCACAAAACUUCAAGUCCGGAGUUCAAUACAAACCCCUGGAUAGCGAUAUUUUUAUUUGCACUUUCCCGAAAUGCGGCACGAAUUGGGCCAAGCGCAUCGUGCAGUUGCUGAUCGAUCGCGAAAGUCGAACUGGAGAGGUUGCUGACUACGGUCUCAGUAAAUGUUUCCUCGAGAUGGCCGGGGCUGAGGUGAUCUCUUCGCAACCGGAGCCGCGCAUCGUAACAUCGCAUAUGUACUACGACAUCAUUCCUAAGAAUACGAAAGCGAAGUAUAUAUACAUUCUGAGGAAUCCAAAAGACUGUUGUGUCUCGUACUUCCAUCAUACGCAACGCACCAAGGUGUACAAUUUCGCGGAUGGCUCAUUCAGUGACUAUUUGAAGAGUUUUUUGAAUGGAGAAACGAGCUUCGGCUGCUACUUCGAGCAUUUUCGACAGUGGUACUCCCAGAGAGACAAGUCGAACGUGCUCUUCUUGACCUACGAGGACAUGAAGAGAGAUCCAAUUAAAUCAAUCCAGAAGAUCAUUUCUUUCCUGGAGCUCUCGUGUUCCCAAUUGAGUGAUCCGAACUCGGCGAAAUUCCAGCGAGUCUUAGUGGAGAGUGGAAUCGAUGCCAUGAAGGAUUAUAUCCAAGAAAACUACAAAACAGCACUCGGUGGAAAUGCAGAAGCCGAAUGGAAGCCCCGAUCUGACUAUCCAUGUGACCGAGCUCCACCGCCACCCGAUUGCUUCGUCAGGAAGGGCAUUGUCGGAGAUUGGAAGAAUCAGUUCAGUGCGGAUGAUUCCAAGGCAAUUGAGGAGAAGAUGUUGGAAGCCUGCAAAGACAUCGGUGCCGAUAUCCAGGACAUCUGGAGGGAUGAAGAUUGGAGGGAAAAUUGACAGAAUCGAUCAAGGACGGCAGAUUUCACUCCCCGAAGAAUACAUAAUAUUCUAUAUUCCGCA